UAACACUGCUACACACAGAGAGAAGGUGAGGGGGAGAGCCAAUCAGCAAUGUCCGGAUUAUCUUCAUGGAACCUUACCAUCUUCCCCGACACAACUCUCUCUUUCCCAUGGCGCCCUUCUCUUCCCUCUCGCCCCCUCUUUUCUCCCCCCAGAAAACGCAAAACCCUUGUAGUCCUAGCCAUGGUCUUCGGAGGAAAGCCUACCGUCCUCGUGGCAGAAAAGCUCGGUGACGCCGGUAUCCAACUGCUUAAAACUUUCGCAAACGUGGACUGCUCUUACAACUUGAGUCCCGAAGAGCUUUGCACCAAGAUUUCACUUUGUGAUGCUUUGAUUGUGAGAAGUGGAACCAAGGUUACUCGGGAAGUGUUUGAGUCAUCUAUGGGAAGGCUCAAGGUUGUGGGGAGAGCUGGUGUUGGGACCGAUAACGUCGAUAUAUCGGCUGCUACGGAACAUGGAUGUCUCGUGGUUAACGCGCCUACUGCCAAUACCAUUGCGGCAGCGGAACAUGGGAUUGCUUUGCUUACUGCUAUGGCCAGGAAUGUUGCCCAGGCCGAUGCUUCUGUUAAAGCGGGGAAAUGGGAGAGAAACAAAUAUGUUGGGGUAUCCCUUGUGGGGAAAACACUGGCAGUAAUGGGGUUCGGAAAAGUUGGUUCUGAAGUAGCCAGGCGUGCCAAGGGACUUGGAAUGCAUGUAAUUGCACAUGAUCCUUAUGCCCCAGCAGAGCGUGCUCGUGCCAUUGGCGUGGAGCUUGUGACCUUUAAAGAAGCAUUAGUAACAGCUGAUUUCAUCUCCAUGCACAUGCCUCUCACCCCUGCUACAUCAAAAAUGUUCAACGAUGAGGCUUUUUCUCGGGUGAAGAAAGGGGUUCGUAUUGUUAACGUGGCCCGUGGUGGUGUUAUUGACGAGGAAGCUUUACUACGGGCCUUAGAUGAAGGGAUAGUUGCUCAGGCAGCACUUGAUGUAUUCACAGAAGAGCCCCCUCUACAGGAGAAUAAGUUAGUUUUGCAUGAAUAUGUGACUGCAACUCCUCAUCUUGGUGCUAGUACCACAGAGGCACAGGAAGGUGUAGCCCUUGAAAUUGCUGAAGCUGUUGUUGGGGCUUUGAAAGGGGACCUUGCUGCUACCGCUGUAAAUGCCCCAAUGGUGCCUGCCGAGGUGCUUCUAGAACUUUCCCCAUAUGUUGUGCUGACAGAGAAGCUGGGUAGAUUGGCAGUGCAGUUGGUUACAGGUGGAAACGGUGUGAAGUUUGUAAAGGCGACAUAUGCCUCCUCUAGAGGUCCAGAUGAUCUCGAUACUCGGUUGCUCCGAGCUAUGAUAACCAAGGGUCUAAUUGAGCCAAUAUCUAGUGUUUUUGUGAACUUAGUGAAUGCUGACUUCAUAGCUAAACAGAGAGGACUCAGGUUAACUGAAGAGCGUAUAGUAUUGGAUGGUUCACCCGAGAAGCCACUGGAGUUCAUCCAGGUUCGAAUUGCCAACGUUGAAUCUAAAUUUGCUAGUGCAAUGUGUGAUUCGGGUGAGAUUACGGUGGAAGGAACGGUGAAAGACGGGAAACCCUAUUUGAGCAAAGUUGGAUCCUUUGGUGUUGAUGUAAGCCUUGAAGGAAGUAUUAUACUGUGCAGGCAGGUUGAUCAACCUGGGAUCAUUGGGAAGGUGGGGAGUAUACUAGGUGAGGAAAAUGUAAAUGUAAACUUCAUGAGUGUUUGUAGGAUUGCACCUGGGAAACAAGCUGUGAUGGCCAUUGGUGUGGAUGACGAACCCAGCAGAGAUGCGUUAAAGAAAAUAGGAGAAAUAUCAGCUGUGGAAGAGUUCGUGUUCCUAAAGUUGUAACAACAUGUUACUGUUCAGGAAAUGUAGUUUU